CUAACUACAACCAGAAGCGUCUCUGCAACCCGAUCGCCCUUUAAUAAUGCACUGGAAAAUAAACCGAAUACCAGCGGCUGGGCUAUGAAUUAUGUAUCCCACCGGUUACUACAGCACCUUACCGGAGUGCAGGAACCUGUAGCUGCGUGAUCCGCGAAGAAAAUGUCACACUAUAAUUUCAUCAAACGCUGUUGUUUUCAGCUAUGUAAUGUGUUCAGGCAGAACAUGGAGAUAGACCAGUGUCUGCUUGAGUCUCUGCCGUUGGGCCAGCGUCAGAGGCUGGUCAGACGCAUGCGCUGCGAGCAGUUGCGGGUCUACUAUGAGCGGGAACGGAUGUCACAGAAGCAGAGCUUCGCCAAGCCUCGGUCCAGCCACCGCAAAAAACAAAGGAUUAGCUUUACACUCUCAGAAGUCAUCCAGGACGCAAUCAUACGACACGAUGACAAAGAGGUGCUGAAGCUGCUGAAGGAAGGAGCUGACCUGAACAUGGUGAUUUCCUCAGGAGGAUCUCUGCUCCAUCUGUGUGCCCGUCAUGACAAUGUGUUCGCAGCAGAAGUUCUAAUAGAGAAAGGAUUGAAUGUCAACCAGCAGGAUGAAGACCUCUGGACAGCCCUGCAUGUGGCUUGUGCCUGCGAUCACGCUGAUAUGGUGCUACUGCUACUGCUGGCCGGGGUCAAUGUGCUGCUCCAGGACGUCAACGGGAACAUUCCACUUGACUAUGCCACAGAGGGGACAGAAACCAGCUACAUCCUCAUCAGACACCUGGAGGAGAAUGGAGUGGACUUGAGUUCUAUGCAUCAGAUGAAGAUGCAGCGUUCAUCCACCAUGCUGUCUGACGUGAGGCAGCUGCUCAGCAGCGGUGGUGGCGUCAAUCAACAGAACGAUGACGGGGUCACGCUGCUCCACAUUGCCUGUGCCAGUGGUUAUAAAAUGGUGGCGUCUGUGUUGCUGGAGAAUGGAGCAGAUGUCCACAUCUCUGACAACAGCUACUGGACACCCUUACAUCUUGCUGCCAAAUAUGGGCAGACUCACAUUGUGGGCCAGCUGUUGAAGAACAAAGCAGAUCCAACUCUUCUUAACUGCAACCAGGACAAACCCUCAGACAUUGCUGCCACUGAGCAGAUUGCAGAGAUGCUUCUGAGAGCAGAAGAAUUCUGGGUACAGAGACAGACAGACCCCUCUGCCCCAUCUCCACAAUCAGAAGAGCACUGCACAGAUGUCAACCAGGACAGCGACCUGCCUGUCAAAAAACUGGCCACCAUGGCUGUACCCAUUUCUAGGAGGGACAGUCUGCUGGAGAAGGAGGUCAUGUUCAAGGACUCAGGAGGAGCAUUGACCAGGCAACCAUCACUUGAUAACGGUCUGGAUAGAGCAUUUCCCAGUGCUGCAGGAAAACUCGAGCAGGUGAAACUAAUGCCUCCUGCUCCUAAUGAUGACCUGGCAUCCCUCAGUGAGCUCACCGAUAGCAGUCUGCUCUACGAGAUGCAGAAGCGCUUCGCCAAUGACCAAAUAUAUACCUACAUUGGACACAUUCUUCUCCUCAUUAACCCCUACAAGAACCUGCCUAUCUAUUCGAAUCUCGUGAGUCAGUUGUAUCUGAGCUCCAGUGGUCGUCUCUGUUCAUCUCUCCCGCCUCAUAUCUUCUCUUCAGCUGAGCGUGCUUAUCACAUGAUGCUACAGGAGCGACGCCCACAGUGUUUUAUCAUCAGUGGAGAGAGCGGUUCUGGGAAGUCGGUGGCCUGUAAGUACAUCCUGAAACACCUGGCCGCUCGCUCAAGUACCAAAGGCUUCGCUUUAGAGCCACGGAUGAAGCAUGUGAAUGCCAUCUUGGAAGCAUUUGGCCAUGCUAAGACUCAGAUGAACUCCUCAGCAAACCGUUUUAUAAAGCUCAUCUCAUUGCAGUACUGUGAGAAGAGAAAGACUCUACUCAGAGCCCAUCUGAACACUUAUAUGCUGGAGAAGUCAAGGGUCAUAUGCAUGCCGCCACACCAGCAGAACUUUAACAUCUUCUAUUUGAUGGCUGAGGGACUUUCAGCAGAGGAGAAGAGUAAUCUAUAUCUCAAUAAUGUUCUAGCCCACAGGUAUCUGAAAACAGCAGCUCCAGGUGAAACUCCAGCAGUAGCUACUGCAUGUCCUCAGAGCAGAGAGAAGCUAUCAGCCCUUAAACAGGCUCUACGUUCUCUCGGCUUCAAUAGACUGGAGGUGGAGAAUUUGUUUGUGGUCCUCUCUGCUCUUUUGCACCUGGGAGAUCUGUGCUUCACUGCCCUGACUGACGCUGACACUGCGUUUGUGUCCGACUUGCAGCUGCUGGAUAGAGUUGCUGGAAUGUUGCAAGUGAACUCAGAGGAUCUAGCUUCCACCCUCACCUCUGAUGUGCAGUAUUUCAAAGGUGAUGUCAUGACAAGGCGCCACACGGUUGACAUGUCCAACCAUCACAGAGACCUCCUGGCCAAAGCUCUGUAUGGACGACUCUUUAGUUUCUUGGUCAAUAACAUCAACUUAUACCUCCAUGGCCAAGAGGAGAGCAAUGGAGAUCCUGCCAUUGAGAUAAGCAUCCUGGACAUCUUUGGCUUUGAGGAAUUUGAAAGGAAUGGUUAUGAACAGGUGUGCAUUAACAUGGUGAAUGAACGGAUCAGGCAGUAUACCACAGAGGUGCUCUUCCAGCAAGAGCAGCAGGAAUGUCUGCAGGAGGGGGUUGCUAUGGAGACACUACACUCCCUCGGCAACCAGCCAGCGGUACUGGACUUCUUCUUCCAGAAGCCUCAAGGGGUGCUGUGUAUCAUAGAUGAAGAGAGUCAAUCCCUCCGGCCAUGUGAAGUUAACCUUUAUAAGCAGCUGCAGGUACAGCUGGAUUCCUCCUGCACGGACGCCGUCUCCCUCUCAACCAAAGACGGCAAUGGGAACCCCCCACCCAAAGACCAGGGGCCGUCGUUUACCGUCACUCACUACGCUGGCAAGAUGACCUAUGACCUGACUGGCUCAUUGGACAGGAACAGGGAAGUUCUGCCACAAAACAUCUUGUUUGUUAUGAAAUCUAGUGAGAACGUGCUCAUCCAUCAAAUGUUCCAGUGUAAGCUGACUCAGACGGGCUCCCUGGUUCCCCAGCACCAACGGCUGAGGCUUUGUGGGCCCAAAGGCACUAUGCUUAACAAGAGCACCAUGCUAACUCCUGCCAGAGAUGCCAAGAAAUAUGUGGAACUGAACAAGCUCCUAAAGAAGAAGGGAGCAACGUCGUUUCUGCAGAGACUGGAGCGCUGUGGACCGGUUACUGUGGCCGUACAGCUCAGGAACACUUUGUCUGAGAUCACCAGUAAGCUUCAAGUGUGCACCCCCCACUUUAUUCAGUGCCUGAGGCCCAAUAGCAUCAGCAAGCCUGAUGUGUUUGACAGCUUUCACGUGUCGUCUCAGCUCCAGUAUGUUGGGGUUCUGGAGAUGGUUCGCAUGAUCCGCUACGGAUACCCGGUCAGAAUGUCUUUCAUCAGCUUCCUGAGCAGAUACAGAGAGCUGGUGGACACCAUCCUCACCGACAGGAAGAAGGUGUCCGCAGAGGAGAAGUGCCGCCACAUUCUGCAGCAUUGCAAACUCCAGGGCUGGCAGAUGGGAAACAGUAAGGUGUUCUUGCGAUACUGGCAGGCUGACCACCUUAAUGACCGCUGCCAUCAACUGCACAGGAAGAUCAUUAUCUGUCAGAAAGUGGUACGCGGCUGGUUGGCCAAACAGCAUGCACGGCGCAGACUUGCAUCUCGGCAGCAGGAGCAUUGCAGCAUUCAGCGCUUCCUGCAGGAGGUGGAGGAUUUUGGUAUGCGCGCGUACGACAGCCUGGUCAUCCAGAAUGCAGCCGAUAUCGCACGGGAGAAUGACCGCCUCCGGGGUCACAUCAACGCUCCACUGUUGGGCGAGCGGCCAGAACCUGUGGGCAAAGAGGAGGACUCACCCAAGAGGAUUGUCGAAAAGAGUGGAAGGGUUAACGAUGUGGCAGGCCGUGGGGGGAACCGACCAAUCCGGCAUUUCCGCUCUAGUUCUGUACCUCUUCCCCUGGUAAUGGACAGUUUGGUACAUUCCAGCAUUGGGACAUCAAUCAAAGCUGCCCUUCAGCCCACGCCACACACCACUGAGGAGGGUAGUGGGGGAAGCCUUUCCUCCCUACGAAAACAACCUCCUCCCAAACCCAAACGAGACCCCAAUACUCGGCUGAGUGCGUCGUAUGAGGCAGUAAGUGCUGGGCUGAGUAUCGCAACCAAGGAAAGCCCUGCUGAGGGUCAGGCCUCUCCCUCUGGAAGUCCACCUAAACCCCAGCUCUCACCUUCUGAUCCUCUCUCCAAGCCACGCCCUCACAGCGAUGACUACAGCACUAUGAAGAAAAUCCCACCCCCUAAACCCAAACGCAGCCCUAAUACCAAACUGACUGGCUCCUAUGAGGAGAUCUCUGUACCCUCCCCUGUGCGUCCCACAGACAUGAAGCUGGUCAGCCUGGCACGAGGAGGCCACUGCUUGGGCCUCAUCCAACGAGCAGCAUCUGCAGAUGGCCCCCACUCUUCUGUGCUAAGCCUCUACCCCUGCCAGGAUGAGGAGGAUGUGUAUAUUGAGAUGGUGGGGGCCUCACGAGCCCUCAGCCUGGCUGACUCUCACAGCCCUGACCUGGGCGAGGCAGUAUACGAGGAAAUGAAAUACUUCUUACCUGAUGAGGUGGGCUCAGCUCCAGUCGUCAAGCCUGAAACUACCAAUCCAACUCCCCUACCUGCCCCAGUGCUGGAACCCAAGAGGCCUGUGACCCUGACAGGCAAGCAGCAGAGCAAAGAUGGGAAAGCAUGUGACAUUCCUGCUCCUUUCCCCAACCUCCUUCCACACCGACCCCCACUUUUGGUCUUCCCCCCUUCCCCCGUAACCUGCUCACCCACCUCAGACGAGUCCCCACUCACCCCUCUGGAGGUGAAGAAGCUCCCGGUGUUUGAGACCAACCUCAACUACAGCAGCCAGGAUGGAGGUAGUCCACUGUCACCCCAGUACGCCCGCCAAAGGGCUGACUCCUCCCCUAGUCUGUCCGUCUUAAUGCCAGACAAGUCCACUCCGCCCUUGACUCCUCCACCCCCUCCACCCCCUCUGGCAGUACUUCCACCUCCCUACCGCCCCCCUUCUCACUUCCCCUUUCCCCCUGAGCCAAACUUCCUGGUUCUGACCCGUGCAGCAUCUGUGGCUACCACCGAUUCCCCCAAAGUCACUCAUAAAAUGGGCCAUGGUCUGGCAGAGACGCCCCCAAGCAGUGCUAAGCCUCCCUACUCCCCAGUGAAGUCCUCGCGGCCAGAACCGCGCAGAGCUCACUCCUGUUCCUCUUCUCCUCUGCUCUUUAACCCCGCUAAUGUGCGAGCCCUCACCAGUCCCCUAGAUGAGCUCAACACUCUAUUCAGCUCAGGGCGCAGCCUGCUCCGCAAGUCCACCACGGGAAGAAAAAUACGAGACAACGGACUGUCAAAUUCCAACAUAAACCUACCAGGUCGAGAGGAUCAAGGUCCCACCUCCCCAUCGCCACAGUUACAGGACAAAAAUGCUAACAACCACACCUCUCCCAACUCUUCAAAUUCCACCUCUGUUGAGAAUGGCAACCAGAUCUCCAAUGGGACGCUGGAAGAUGAGGGACAUCCAAAGUCAAAUGCAUCCAGCACCUCAACAUUACACAGGCACAUGGACAGCCAUCACACUCAGGUGAUCCAGAGUUCGCAUGGAUGUGGAGAUCAGCGGGCCACUCUGCAGGAUUUAUUGCAAUGGCGGAGGAGUGUUUGUAAUGGUCGACCAGACUGGCAAAACGCUUGGCUUCACACAAACCACUCACCCACCCUAACGAUGAAAAACAAGAAUCCCAUGACCAAGAAAACAUCGCCCUAGAGAUUGUGGUCUUCUUGAGUCAAACCUCAGUUAUUCUGACCGCACUGGUCUAACUAUUUAGGUCCAAUGGUCCUUUUUUAAUGUUAAAGAAUUGCCCUUUACAUAGGGAUGAAAGCAGGGCCAGACUCUAAGUCAGGUGUGAAGGGUGUCCUAAUGAAAGGAGGAGGUAGUUGGACUUCGUCUCCCCUAAUUUUGUCCUUCUCUCUUUCUUCUCUUCACUUCUUCUGAAAGAAUGAAGAGAUCUAUUGAAACAAAAUUGCUCCACACAAACUAAUGGCUAACUGGGACCAAAUAACAUGAAGCCCCAAAGACUACCAGGCCCAAACCUUAAGAGAGAAAGUUUCAUCACUGGGUAGACACAAAGGGCAUGGCUAUUAUGAAUCCCAUUUACAAUGUACUAAACAUUGCGCUGUUUAGAAGAUCUGGAAGACCUGAUCACAUUGCCUUGAAUUGCAACACAUCAACGCUAGCAUUAGGGCUGUGAAAACAUAUCUCUACUGUGCUACUGUGAGCUAUAUUGUAAGUCUACAUUGUUGGCCAUAUUUUAUUUUGAAACUGGUGCUAGUCAAUCCACAUGUGACUGUUGCUGCCUGGGUUGGGUAAAAAGUGCCAGUUCUGGCUCAACUCAAGCACUGCAAGACACAAAGUUGUGACAGACAUCCUUAAAGUUUACAAGAAAAAUAAACUUUCUCUGUGGUGACCUCCGAAGUCUAGUUUUAUGAACAAAGUCCUUCUUCAGGUUCAGAGAAGCAGCUACACCCCAUGCUUUUUUCAGGUGCUUUGGUUACCCUCUAUCAGAGGCAACCAUCACACACAGGUUGUGACCUUAAGAAGAGGUCAGGGUUCAGGGAAAUUACAAGGAACAUCCCAGGUCCUUGACAUCUUCACCAGCUUCAUACCUUCAUCAUACUGUGAAAAGCUUUUCACUCUAGGCCUGUGUUUCUCAGUCCUGGUCUUCCCUGCAGUUCCCAUGCUGGUCUAAGCUGGUUAAUGCUGGUUAGUGCUGGUUUGGUGCUGAUCUAGCUGGUGGACCAGCAUAGCCAUGUUUUUCACCAGCAAAACCCAGCUGGUGAAGUUGGUUGACCUGCAUGGUCUUUCAGGUGAAGCUGAUCAAGCUAAUUAAAAAGCCUGGUAGGGUCACCAGCACACCAGAGGUGCUUCUCAUUUGUAAAACUGCAUCCUCGUUUCCUUUCCUUGUUUCCUUUCCUCGCUUCCUAGCUCCACCCUCUUAGGAAAUGAGGAAAGGAUCCAAGUAAAGGAAAUGAGGACGGAGGAAUCAAAGCAAGACGGAUUUGUAAAAUGAAAUGUCCUGCUCCCUUGCGCGUCACUUCAGAGUGCAUUUUAGCGCAGCUGCAGUACCUUGGCCCGCUUGCUGUUAUGUUACUGACAACUUUAUUUAUAAAUUAAUUCGUAAUAAAUACAAAUAAUUCAAGAUGCAUUGUUGAAGUAUUUGCCAAUUAUGGUUUAUUUAAACUGCAAAGGUGAUACAUGAAUUAAAACUAUUGUGUCAGAUGUAAAGGGGGAGGAGAAUUAAUACGUGCAUCAGGCGCUUCGACCAAAAAGUCUUCCGCAUAGGAUGCUCCUGUGUUUCCUCGCUCAAGCAUCCUCGGGAAGCUUUCGCCAUCCUCUGCCCUUGCCUCCUUGCAGUGCAUUUAGAGAAUUGAUACAUACUUCAUGAUGGCGGACUUCGAUCGGUUUCCUGGUCACGGGCUUGAGGACGGAGUUGUGAGGAAACGAGGAUGCACAAUUUAGGAAAUGAGAAGCAGCCCUGACCAGCACACAAAACACAACUUAAGCUGUUGACCAGAAAUGCAGGAUUUUUAGCAGGGUUGGGGGACAUCAUUGCACAUUUUAGAAUGGAUGUCUCCUUUAUUUGAUAGGUAUGGUUCCUCUGGGAAUCCAAAUAAACACAAUAAACAGUGUUUGAAUGUUGCAUGCAACUUUUGCGAGAGUUUUUGCAAAUCGAGGGUUCCCUUCUAGACUUGACCCAGUUCAGGCCUUGGAGCCUCUACUAAUUAGUUGAUGAGUUGGCAUCAGAUGUUAUAUAAGGGAGACAUCCAAAAUGUGCAUUCUUUGGGACCAGGAUUGAGAACCAAUGCUCUAGGCUAACAUGCACACACCUCCACAACAUGAAAUGGCAAUGUCCAUCCAAAAGCUUUGUCAUGAACUGUUGGAAAACUGAAGACACUUGCCUUUAUUUAAUGGUUAAAGAGCACAAAUAUCCAAAUACACCUGUAGAUGGACCAGUCAUUACCGAGGAUGGAUGCUACUGCUGAUUUGACAUUUACAGAAGUGCAGAGCUGUAAUCUGACAACUCUACAACAUCUCCCAUACCAAACUUUAUGGAUAUUUCCUCAAAGGUUCUUAUGUAAGAAUGCUCUCAGUUUUAUGGAUAACAUGCACUCUUGUGCUUGUCAGUAACUUGGUAGUCGACCAGUACAAAUAGAACAUAUGACCUUUCAGACAAUUUGUCUCUCUCAAUGUUCCUUGUGUGCAAAGCUACACGGAUGCUUCUGGACAGAGGUGAGGGACGUUUAUACAUACAGUGGGCACGUGCAGAUUUAUUACCUGAACGGACAAAAACAUAAAUAUUGAUGGACUUGGACACAUUUUCUGGCUUGCACCAGGAGACCCACCAUAAGCACAGCCUGAUGUACAGGCGCUAUUCCGAGAAUAAACAGGACUUCACAUGUACUGUUUGUCUUCAAUAUGACUGAAUAGAUUGGUAGUGUACAGAAUGUGAAGGUGGAAUGUGUUAUGAGUAUAUUGACAAAUCAUUGUCUUUUAAAUGGAAAGAGAUUACUGAAUGUUUAAGGAUAACUGCAAUGACAAAGACUAAGGUGGUUAAUUUUAGUCAAGUCAUUUUUAUUUGUAUAGCACCUUUCACAACACACAUCGUUUCAAAGCAGCUUUACAGAAGAUCAUGCAUUAACAGAAAAUGAAACUGUAAUAUCUAUAAUGUCUUAAGAGUCAUCAUUGUGUAGUUUGAUAAUAUAUGAUUGUGAAUUGUGUUUAAAAAUAAGUAAUUAAAUAAUAAUUGUAUUUAUAACCCCAGUGAGCAAGCCGAAGGUGACUGUGGCAAGGAACACAAAACUCCAUAAGAUGUUGGUUAUUGGAGAAAAAUAACCUUGGGAGAAACCAGGCUCACUGUGGGGGGCAGUUCUCCUCUGGCUAACACCAUGAAUAUAAUGCCAAUAUUACUUAUGUAUAGUGCAAGUCAUGGUUUAAAAUUAUUAACAUAAGUAAGUGUUAAGGGUCAGUGUUUAAAAAAGAUUUUGUAUGAACUGUAAGAUUAAUGACUAAUGUCCAUCCUGGAUUAACUGCAGAAGUUCACAUAGAUGCAAUUGUCCUUGUUAGUUGGCUGAUAAAGUGUUUUGUUGGCAAUUAAUUGAUAGUCUAUGUAUUCCAUUUCAAGAGUGUAGUCCAUCAUUAGACCGAGGUGAUGUAGGCAGAGAUCAGUGAGGUGCAUCGCAGUUCAACCUGGCUGGUAAUUUCGGUGAGGUCUAUCCUAAGUCCAAGGUUCAGGCAAGGGCAUAUGAA